CGAUCUCGCAUUAUUAUAUAAGCCAUCUCCGAGGAGAUGAAACUCUUUCAGAAUAGUGUUUUGUAUUGUUUUGUUUACUAGUUAAAGAAGCUUUCUUCUAGUCUCUUUAAAAGAGAGAGAGAAAGCUUUAGUCUUGUCCCUGUCCUGUCGAAAAGUCGUCCCGUGUUCUUUGUCAGGUGAACUUGUUUGCUGAUUUUGCAGCUCACAUUGUGCGAUUUUACUCCUCUUAUUGGAAUUCAUACCUUUUCUCCUGCUCCAUCGUUUCUCCUUCACCUCCUCUACAUUGUCGUCGUAUUCAAGGACACAGAUAUCUCUUGCAGUUUAAGUAAAUCCAGAAUAUCUCUUCGGAAGGAUGCCCGGCAGAUUUAUACUCUUUGUUCUGGCAUAUUUCGUCUCCGUUGGCGGGCUAGCCUCUGCUCAACCAACAGAGCUAAGAAUAGAAAUAAAGCAAGACUCUUAUGAGCGUUCCAGUGGGCAAAGUCUCCACCUUGUCUUCCCCACGGAAAGUAGCCCGAAUCGCUCCAUCUCCCUUUCUCCAGGACUCAACUACACUAUCUCCGGUGCAGUCCAGUCAGGCUUUAACCCUCCAUACGAAGCAUGGUACCGUGUCCUAGAAAAUGGUACUGAAUUGCUCCUGAAUCACACCAGUCCUGAUGACACUACGGGUAAUGCUGUAUAUGCCUUUGUGAUCGACGAUGGGAAGAUCUCCCUAAGGUUCCAGAAUUUUUCUGAGACUGAUGUCGGUGUCUAUCGCUGUAAAGCACCUGAAGACACUAAGACUAUAAUCGUAACAACUUCUAAUCCAUCCGUUAUUUCCGGUGUUAAGGAAGUAACAAGGCUUGAUGGAUCUUACUCCAGCGAUAGGACUUUUGGUAUGUUAGUUACCGGAAACCCUCAACCAAAUUUCACUUGGACUCAUAACGGCAAUGCGAUUCAGUCUUCGGAUGGUAUAAUCCUUCUACCAUUCGCAUCAUCUCAGAGUCAGAUUAUCAUUACUCCUCCUUUCUUGUUCAAGCACGCUGGGACAUACAAUAUAAACGCUGCUAAUGACCAUGGAACCGCCUCGGACUCCUUUGAAAUGAACAUACAAACCUACCCUGUCAUUGCUCUUACUCCUAGAAGCGCAAUAGCUUACGCAGUAGCAGGGACGCCUUUUGAAAUAACUUGUAACGACACGUCUGCUUUUCCACCUCCAGUCAUCACCUGGUCCUUCAACAAUACCCCAGUGACUAAUAAUACCGAUGGGUUCAUCAUAAAGUCCAUUAAUUCUAAUGUCUCUGUGUUAAGUAUAGAGGAGAUAGGACUGGAUCAUGCUGGGGUUUAUAAGUGCGAGUCUGUCAAUGCUGCUGGAAGAGAUGCGGAAGAAUUGGAGCUAAAGAUUCAACUUCCUCCCCCACAGGUACCAACUGUCACCAUAUCCUCUCCAACUUCCCCCACAUAUUCCGGUGGUAUGGUAAACCUAACUUGUCGCGUGACGCUACAAACCUCUUCACAUUUCACUGAUCCACUCUCUGCUAACAUAAAUUGGAGCAUAGGAAACAUCCCAAUCAUAAUAGAACCUCUUGAACUUACUCGAUUUGAACUUCCUCGAAUCUCAAUUAAGAACUAUAAAAUAAGUACUACUCGAUAUACUAGUGUGUUGUCAAUACGGGCUGCCAGUGUAUCAGAUAGUGGACUGUACAAGUGUGGGGUGAUAUCACUAUCUGGUAUAUAUUCCUCUGUACUAGUUAACUCCACUGGCACUGCAUUGAACAUUGAAGUUCCUCCUAUUCCAGUCAACCUCUCCCCCACUAGUAUAGAAGUCCCUAACUUCCAACCUUAUAACUUAAUCCGCUUCAACUGCUCCAUAUCCAUACCGACCGGUCACUUUAUCACGUCCCAUUUCAACUGGUUCAUGGACAACGAUACCUCUAGCCGGCCGUUGCUCCACGGUCAAGGUGGAGUCAGUAUAGUGGUCAACGGUCACACCAGUUCGCUGUCGUUUGAAGCAGCCAACCCUGGAGAGGCUAAGUAUCGGUGCUCGGUUGUUUUAGGUUUUCCAUCUACAGACCCUAACGUGACUUUAUCGGCUAAUUCAACUGUUAACAUUAUAGGUCCCAGUAAGCCCUUCCUCCCCAUUAGGAUCAUAGCUGGUGAUUUCGGCCACAGCACAGCCCUCAUCCAAUGGACAGUACCAUCCAUAGCCUAUUCACCCGAGUCUUACUUUAUCCGUUACGGAACCAGCCGAAAUAACUUGAACUUUAAAAGCUCUACGCUGAUAGGUACCCAAGACCUUGACGCUAAGGAUCAGACCUUGAGUAUCACACUGCGGUACCUAACUCAUGACACUCUCUAUUAUUAUCAGGUGGUGUCUACUAAUACUUUUGGGGAGACUAAUUCUGUCAUAUAUAGCCUUAGGACCACUAGACUAGCUCUUAUUCAGUUUAAAGCAGGUCCUUUUCUUGGCUGCUCCAAUGGAAGAGUUUCUGAUUCAGAUGCAGUUCAGGUAUUCCUAAAGGACGAGAUAUCAAAAGCCGUCAGCUCCUCCUGCUCCUGUACUUUCCCCUCCUCCCAACUAAUCAACGGGACCAUACUCUGUCCGGCCACUGACUCUGAACAACUCAUCCUCAGGGUAUUUGUAGUAAGUACCGAUACAGUGACAUCGGCCGCUGUCGUCUCUCACAUAAGAACCUGGAUCAAUGGGGACCCUGUUCUCACCUCGGGCGUCGCCAAGGUAACCUUCGACACCUCCUGUCCGGUAAACAUCUCGAACAACCAAGUCCCGAUUUGUAUGGACACUAUUAUAACAACGACGGAGCCAACAACGGAUGGUCUUAGCGAUAGUUUUGGCUCUAACACUGAUAUACUGGUAGCUGUUGUAGCUGGAGCUGUCAUUCUACUGGAGGCGGUUAUUAUUGUUAUUCUGUUCUGUGCCCUGUGGCAUCAGAACAGCAAGAUAAGGGCACUCAUUAGAAGAAGAUCCAGUCCAUAUGCAGCUGUUAACAGACAGAAUUCAAGUGUAGGAGCUACAGAUCCACCCCCACCCUCCAAUAAAUGGAAAGGAGACGCGUAUGUGACUACCGAGUGUCCAGCUUACCUUUCUGCUUAUACUCCUAAGGAUGUAGAGGACAUGGAUAUGGUACACAUUGAUGAAAAUGGCCGCGAGCGCUCACCUCCAGCCAUCUACGAUUCCAUUGAUCUUGUAAACGGUCGGAGCGUCACUAUGAGUGUGGCUCCGCCUCCUCCCCCGCCCUUGAACCAUCAUCCGUUGUCGCCCCAACGUAAUAACGACGGUCGAGUGACGCAGAGUGUACUAAUGAGCUCGGAAGCAUCUGAUACUGAGGAUAAUACAGGAAGCAGUAUGAUGUCAUAGGAGGUGUUUCUAAAUAAUGCCCACCUCAUCAUCAUCAUCAUCAAAUAUAAAAUAAACUUUAUUUUUUCAUUUCUUCUUAUUAUUUUAACCCGCCAAAAGCUCAGUCUUGCUCUACGACUUUCUCUUUUACUUUUAAAGUCCCGCUCACUGUCUUUCUCCUUCUCUCUCAAUCUCUUAUAUUUUCACAACUAGAUCUUUCCUGUUCCAUUCAUUCUCUUCUCUCUCUCUCUCCUCUAUGUACUUUUAUUUCUGUACAAGUAUCACAUCUCCCUUCAACCUUCUUCUUCCUCCUCCUCCUCUUCUUGUUAUGUUUCCAAACACAUAACAAGUUUUUAUCCCAACUGAUACUCAACCAGUCACCUUUUCAUUUCAAUAACCUCCCCCCUCUCUCUCUCUCCAGCCUCUCAAUAUAUUUAUUUAUUUUCUUCGUUUUAUGGAGCAUUGCAACUAUACAAUAUAUCAGAUUAUAUUAUAAAUAUUUUAUUUUUGUUUGUUUUUAUGUUUCAAACUACUAUUCCUCAAAACUCAACAUUCUUAUUUUAUCUCUUCACUAUUAUUAUUAUUAUUAUUAUCAUUACACAAUGGUGUGUACAAGUA